GCCGCGCCGCCGCCGCCAGCAGCAGCCGCCGCAGCAGCAGCCAGGGCUGGGGCUUUCCAAGCAACCCCAAUGACGGGCUAGUAGGGGAGACGCCGAUCCUGCCGGCAAGCUCUUUGCACGGCAGAGACGUUGAUCAGUGUAAAGUGAAGAUCGCAUUUUAUAUGAGAUCUUGACUUUUUUUUUUCUUACAAUAUAUUUUUAUACACUUUGUUAUAAAACAUGGUGCUGGGGAAGGUGAAGAGUUUGACAAUAAGCUUUGACUGUCUCAAUGACAGCAAUGUCCCCGUCUAUUCUAGCGGGGACACAGUCUCAGGAAGGGUCAAUUUAGAAGUUACUGGGGAAAUUAGAGUAAAAUCUCUUAAAAUUCAUGCAAGAGGACAUGCAAAAGUACGUUGGACUGAAUCUAGAAAUGCUGGAUCCAACACUGCCUAUACACAGAAUUACACUGAAGAAGUAGAAUAUUUCAACCAUAAGGACAUCCUAAUUGGGCACGAAAGAGAUGAUGACAAUUCUGAAGAAGGCCUUCACACUAUUCAUUCAGGAAGGCAUGAAUAUGCAUUCAGCUUUGAGCUUCCACAGACACCACUUGCUACCUCAUUCGAAGGCAGACAUGGCAGUGUGCGCUAUUGGGUGAAAGCCGAAUUGCAUAGGCCUUGGCUUCUACCAGUAAAAUUAAAGAAGGAAUUUACAGUCUUUGAACAUAUAGAUAUCAACACUCCUUCAUUACUGUCACCCCAAGCAGGCACAAAAGAAAAGACGCUCUGUUGUUGGUUUUGUACCUCAGGCCCAAUAUCCUUAAGUGCCAAAAUUGAAAGGAAGGGCUACACCCCAGGUGAAUCAAUUCAGAUCUUUGCUGAGAUUGAAAACUGCUCUUCCCGUAUGGUGGUGCCAAAGGCAGCCAUUUACCAAACGCAGGCAUUCUAUGCCAAAGGGAAAAUGAAGGAAGUCAAACAGCUUGUUGCCAACCUGCGUGGGGAGUCCCUGUCUUCUGGCAAAACAGAAACCUGGAAUGGCAAAGUGUUGAAAAUUCCACCUGUUUCCCCUUCGAUCCUUGACUGUAGUAUAAUCCGUGUGGAGUAUUCACUAAUGGUGUAUGUUGAUAUUCCAGGAGCCAUGGAUUUAUUCCUUAACUUACCACUGGUCAUUGGUACCAUUCCUCUACACCCGUUUGGUAGCAGAACAUCAAGUGUGAGCAGCCAGUGUAGCAUGAACAUGAAUUGGCUUGGUCUGACGCUGCCUGAAAGACCAGAAGCACCUCCUAGCUAUGCAGAAGUGGUCACAGAGGAACAGAGACAGUCCAGCCUUGCACCCAUAGCUGCUUGUGAUGAUUUUGAGAGAGCGCUUCAAGGACCAUUAUUUGCAUACAUCCAGGAGUUUCGUUUUCUGCCUCCACCCCUCUAUUCAGAAAUUGAUCCAAACCCAGAUCAGCCCACAGAUGACAGACCAUCUUGCCCCUCUCGUUGAAGGAGUCCAUAAUAAGCUGACUUGAUAUGGGUUUUGAAUCGUAUCUGCCGUGUUGAAGUUCAAGGCAUCAUAGUGGAGACACACUUUCAAAGGAAGUGGUAUUGCUCUUGCCUGUAUGGUGAACAAAUGAAAACAACCUGUGAUCAUGCUUAGAAGCCUACAGCAACAUCAUAGGACUGCUCCACAUGCUUGAAGACCUGAGCUUUCCCCUCCCCCCCCUUAAAUACUGGCACAUACUAGGAGCAGCCUUACUAGCCUACAGUCUUGUGUGUCAAAACACUCACCACGUAAGAGAGGGAUGGCUUCCUAUUAUGAUUUAAAAAUUUGCACAUGCUCAUUGCUUACGUUGUGCGGUUCAGUGUCACUACAGCUUUUUCUCAUUUAUGCCUGACUGUUGUUACCCCCUCUUACUUGUUCGUGGUCCGCACAACAAGGAGCAAAAGAAAGCUUUGACAAAAAAACAACAGCAACAGACUUUGACAAAUGCACUGACUUUUUUUUUUUUUUUUAAUUUAAUGUAGCCUGGACUUUACCUGCAUAUGCACAUGCUCAGAAUUGUCCUAAUAGGCUGAUCAUGUAUCACCUCUUCAGCUUGGAUCCUAUUGUGGAUUUAUUUACAAACAUCAAAUGCCUUCAAGCCAAUCCUUCUUGCUGUAUGUUUUGCAGCCUACUGUAGUAGAUAAGCAACAGAUAUGUGGGGGUGGGGGUAGAGGGGAGAUAACAGAAAGAAACUAAUAAGAGACUCUGUCAGGAUUGUAUACCUUCUUGAUUUCUUUUAAGAAUUUGUUGCCUUUCUACUAUUAUCGCAAAGCAACAUUUUGUUACAGACUGCCUAAAAAUCACUUAAUCUCAGGUGAACUCAUCACUUGCCAAACUGUUGGAAUGCUAUUUGUUUUGUUAUGUUGCACUGUUGAGUUACUUUUUUUUUGUUUUGUGUUUAUGUUCUGUUUUUGUUCUUUACUUGAGAGGGGGAUCUGGAAUAGGGACAUACACAAAAGUUACAAAACCCACCUUUGUUCCCUUCUUAACUUCCUCCAUCACGAAAAAGAGAUGGUCAAGUUGUGAAGCUUUAAAAAAAGAAAAAAAAAAAGGCACAAGUGAAAGCAGCACCAGCAGCCACUGGCAAAGAGUCAAAAGAAUUUUAAAAGGAAGUAGUCAUAUACUGCCCAGGACUCAUGGGCAGAGAGAUUUCUCAACUAGUAGGGAUGGGAAGGGAAAGUAAAUUUAUUUUUUUACAUAGUUACCUAAUCACCAAAAAGUCUAUACCUUUAUAUAAGGAGUCUCUAGUAGAAAGUAUAUUUCAGACUACAAGAAGAGCUUGGACUAUAGUAAAAGAUAGCUCAGUUUGUGCACUUUGUAUUAUCUUCAGGGUUUAUGAUACUGUAAAAAUACUAAGACUAGAAGUAUAAUGAAACUGGGCUAGAAUAUCAGUGUUACCAGCUGUACUCAAGUAUUAGUUAACUGAGAAUUACUUUGAUGAUUGCAUCUCCUGUGGUACUCUCAAAAGCUUUAAAACAAAAAUCCCAACAACUUCAAACAUACAUUCAAACAAAACACAAGAAAUAGUUCUCAGCCGCUGAGUGCAACACAAGAAAUAGUUCUCAGCGGCUGAGUGCAUGACAAAGACGGAGGUGAAGAAAGAGAAAUGGUGUGAUGGAGCCAUUAGAUCUGGUAAUACAAAUACCAGCACUUAACAUGCUAGAACCCUGUGAAAGUCAACUGUUCUUUUCGGGAAUCAUGUAACACAGACUACUGACAAAGGGACACGCUUCUGGUGUUGACGACUUAAAG